GAACCGUAUUUACCUUUGGAACAAAAAGUAUUUUCAAGUAGUGAAGCAAAAGAUAAUCAUUCUAAAAUGAUUGAAGAUGAUAAUGAUCCAGUCUAUGUGCUUCCAGAAAAAUCUUCUGCAAUACUUCUGGGAAAGCUUCUACCGUCAGACUGCCGCGAAAAAGCGGAAAAUGAUUCUGCCGUGAUAAGUGAGGUGUUGGAGAAAAUUAUUAAUUAUGCGGAGAAGAUAUGCCCUUUCAACUAUCAUGACAUAGAAAAUUCCGAUUUUUCUGACUGGGAUCAAAAUUAUGUUCCUACUGAUGACAAUGCUGAAUCAGCGGAUGAAGCACAACAUGUAAAUAAUAAUAAACCAAAACUAAAGCGAAAAUGGCAGUAAAGAACAAGGUGUGUAAAAAAACGCUUAAGAAAAGAAAAUGAGUGGAAGGAUAAUGAGGCUAAAAAAGAACUUAAUCUGAG